CUGUAACGCGGUGGCGCCUAUAAAGUGAGGACAGCGGCAAGCGAGUAAAUAUCCAAUCUGACAUAAACCAUUGGGAACAGCGCACGAACACAUGGACAUUCCGCUUGAUGACCGUCCGACGCAUGAGCUGGAGAGCAUCAUCGUCGCCCACGGCGACCAGAUCCAGCCGGCUGCUUCCAAUCCCCCGCCCCCGAGAGCCUCCGGGCCGUCGGGGAGCCUCGCCCGGACCCUGCUGUCUCAGCCAUCCAAGAUCAUGGCCGGGGUGCAGGGGUUCGCGUCCCGGGUCGGCGGGGAUAAGAGGCAUCCCGGGAGGACGACGGCAGCGUCCGGCGCCAAGGGGCUUCGGUUCCUCGACAAGAAGGCCGGCGGCUGGAAGGCCGUUGAGAAGCGCUUCGACCAAUUCGCCGUCGACGGCAGGCUUCCCAAGGAGAGCUUCGGCCGCUGUAUCGGCAUGGGCGAGUCGCAGGAGUUCGCUAGCGAGCUAUUUGUUGCUUUGGCAAGGAGGGGGAACAUGACGCCAGAACAUGGCAUCACCAAAGACGAACUGAAGGAGUUCUGGCAGCAAAUGACCGACCAAAACUUCGACUCUCGGCUGCAGAUCUUCUUCGACAUGUGCGACAAGAACGGCGACGGGAAGCUCUCAGAAAACGAGGUGAAAGAGGUCAUCGGUCUCAGUGCCUCAGCAAAUAAGCUUUCCAAGUUGAAAGCGCAUGCAGCGAACUACGCUGCUCUCAUAAUGGAGGAGCUCGACCCAGACGGUCUUGGGUACAUCGAGAUUCGGCAGCUGGAGACACUGAUUCGAGGGAUGGUGAGCUCACAGGUAACCGAGAGAACACUGAAACGUUCACACGGGCAUGCAAGAAGGAUGAUACCGAAGCGAUACAGAUACCCGGUCAACAGAUUUGUGGGCAAGGCUACAGAUUUCGUUCUGGACAACUGGAAGAGAAUAUGGGUUUUCUCCCUCUGGUUGACCCUGAACGCCGUCCUGGCUGCGUGGAAGUUCUACCAGUACGAGAGAAGAGCAGCAUUUGAGGUGAUGGGCUACUGCGUCUGCGUAGCCAAGGCUGCGGCUGAGACCCUGAAGCUAAACAUGGCUCUGAUCCUCAUCCCUGUUUGCCGCAACACCCUCACAAGGCUCAGAUCGACUUGCCUCAGCUCCGUAUUCCCUUUUGAUGACAACAUCAACCUCCACAAGGCCAUUGCACUGGCGAUCACAAUCGGGACUCUGGUGCACACUCUUGCUCAUGUGACCUGUGACUUCCCGAGGCUGAUCACAUGCCCCGAAUCAAAGUUCAUGAGACUACUGGGACCUAAUUUCCACUACAAGCAGCCCACCUAUGCAUCUCUGUUAGCAAGUGUUCCCGGGAUCACUGGUAUCCUCAUGAUCAUCAUCAUGGCGUUCUCCUUCACUCUGGCAACACACUCUUUUAGGAGGAGUGUGGUGAAGCUACCACCGCCCCUCCACCAUUUAGCUGGUUUCAAUGCGUUUUGGUACGCUCACCAUCUCCUGGCCGUCGUUUAUGUCCUUCUGAUCGUCCAUUCCUACUUCCUAUUCCUCACCAAGGAAUGGUACAAGAAGACGACAUGGAUGUAUCUUACGAUUCCCCUCCUCUUUUAUGCCUGUGAGAGAUUGAUUCGGAAAGUUCGUGAGAAAAGCAUUGGCGUCAGCAUCGUUAAGGCAGCUAUAUAUCCAGGCAACGUCCUUUCGAUACAUAUGAGGAAGCCACCAGGUUUCAGAUACAAAAGUGGGAUGUACCUGUUCGUCAAAUGUCCGGAUGUCUCACCUUUCGAAUGGCAUCCGUUCUCGAUUACUUCUGCACCGGAUGACGAGCACUUGAGUGUUCAUAUCCGAACCCUGGGAGACUGGACGACCGAGCUAAGAAAUCUCUUCGGAAAAGUCUGUCAGGCGCAGGUUACUCUGAAGAAGGCUAAUCUGGUGAGACUCGAAACCACAGUCGUCGCAGAUGUUCAAUUCGACGAUGCAAGAUUCCCAAAGCUUUACAUUGAUGGGCCAUAUGGCGCACCAGCUCAAGACUACAAGAAGUACGACAUUCUUUUGCUCAUCGGAUUAGGAAUCGGUGCAACUCCAUUCAUCAGCAUCCUGAAGGAUCUCCUCAACAACAUAAAGUCCAACGAAGAAACACACGACGCAGCUGCAAACUUCAUCCAAGGAAAUGGCCCUGGAAGAGCUUACUUCUACUGGGUGACCAGGGAACAAGGAUCAUUUGAAUGGUUCAAAGGUGUCAUGAACGAAGUUGCAGAGAGUGACCACCAUGUACUAAUUAAGCAUCACUGCUUCCUUGAAUCCAUUUCGCACAGAACCACAAUUGACAGGAAAUGGUUGGAUUUGCAGAAUGUCAUAGAGAUGCACAACUACUUGACGAGCGUGUACGAAGAAGGUGAUGCAAGGUCAGCCCUCAUCGCCAUGAUUCAGUCACUGCAGCACUCCAAAAGUGGCGUUGACAUCGUCUCUGGGAGUCGGAUACGAACACACUUCGCGAGGCCAAACUGGAGGAAAGUGUUCUCGGACUUGGCCAAUGCCCACAAAGAUUCUCGAAUCGGUGUUUUCUACUGUGGAUCAGCAACUCUUACAAAGCAUCUCAGGGAGCUGUCACAAGAAUUCAGCCAUGACAGCGCCACUCGUUUCGAUUUCCACAAGGAGAACUUCUAAAGAAGAGACCAGAUGAUGUUGAUAGGCAAUUUAUUGUUGUAUACGAGACGAAAAAGGAGUAAUUAAGUAGUACAGUCCUGUAAAAAUCUGUGUUGGUUGAUGUUCCGGUGCAUGGUAAAGAUUAAGAACAGGUGUGAAGCAAUAAGGAAUGAUUCACAAUCCCCAACUUGAUUCCAGGAUGACUCAAAGCGUGUUCAUUUACUCCAUCAUACUAUAUUGAAGCAAUGCUAUUUGGUUUA